UGCCAACGACGCUACUUGCAACAAGAAUGGAAUCGUACGCUUUGGGAAAUCAGCUUGAAGAGCUCUAAGAAAUCUGUAAUUUUUCGAAAAGAAAACUGAGGAUCGUAUAUUUUUCGUGCGCGCAAACCCACGUUUUAAUUUGUUGUUUUAGGUAGCGCGCAUCGUCCGAUAUUUGAUUGUUUCACUUACACUGCUCGUUUCAAGUGUGUACAAUUUUGUGGACAUUUAAAUGACAAUGCCGCACAAACACAAGCGAAAGAACACCUGCGAGCAAAAUUCAAUUUGACCGCAAAGCCUUUCAUAUAUAAACUCGUGUUCAAUUGUUCCUUCUGUACGAGAGACAGAGAGAGUUUUUACUACGUUAAACGAUAGUCUGCGUCAAUGGAAAAUUACUCGCGAUCCUUGAGCUGCAUUGCUGUGCAUCAAAACACAUUUUAUUGAUUCGCGUCACGGAUUAACUCUAAUCUGAACGACACAAAAUCGUGCAAUCUUUGAUAGAAAACCGCAACAUAAGAUUAAAGAGUCGUUCGCUCUAUAUACGCAGCCACAAGAGAGAUGAGAAAAUUCUUCUCGGCAUUCAAGAAUAUCUUAUUUAUCUUUGCAUUACUGCAUUGGGUUAUUUUCGCUGCUCUCGUCAAUACGGCUUUUGUUCACAUGCCGGGAAACAUUACACUUGGAGGUAUGUUCCCAAUACAUUCGAUGAACGAAAAAGGGGAAUGCGUAAGUUUAAACGGAGUGUUGGGUAUCCAAAGACUUGAGGCUAUGCUGUACGCAGUAAAACAGAUAAAUAAAAACGAGAGUAUACUACCGGGUAUAACCCUUGGUGUGAGCGCAUUUGAUACGUGUUCGAGUGAAACAACUGCAUUGGAUCUCACUGUCGAGAAAUUUGUCAUUGAUCAUAAAUGCCAUAUGCAAGAUGAAAUGACAUACGGUGGGAGACAAGUGAUGGGCGUUGUAGGACCGCUGUACAGCUCCAUUUCAGUACAGGUGGCUCAUUUGUUUCGUCUUUUCAAAAUACCACAGAUCAGCUACGACUCCACAAGUCCUGAACUUAGCGAUAAGACCAAGUAUAAAUAUUUUCUGAGGACGGUGCCAUCGGAUAUCUUUCAAGUUCGUGCCAUAGUUGACCUACUUCUUCGCUACGGAUGGAGCUACGUGUCAGUUGUGUACAGUGAGGACAACUACGGUCUCAAGGGAUGGAGGGAUUGAGUAUGGAGCAAAACAAAAGGGUAUAUGUAUUGCAAUGCGAAAAAGGUUCCUCUUCGAGCCGACAAUUUGACUUAUGCGAGAAUUAUUCAAAAACUAAUCCAAGAAAAAGAAGCACGCGUCGUGAUUGUACUUUGCAGUAAGAAAAUGAUGAUAGAGUAUAUUUUUCGAGCAGCACACAAAGAAAAUGCUAUCAGAGAAUUCCAAUGGAUUGGUUCGGACGCUUUCGUUACUGUGAAUUGGCCCAAAGAACUUCGACCACACAUUCGUGGACUUAUUACAUUGCGCCCGCAGUCCUCCCUGUCUGCGGGUUUUCGCGAAUACUUCUACAAUCGUGUACCAAUUAGAAACGACGCAAACCCGUGGUUUACAAAAUAUUUUAUGAAAACUUUGGGUUGCAGACCAUUGUCGCGCAGAAGUACCAAACGACUUUGUACUGCAGACGACACACUGCGAUCUGCAAAUGUAACCAUUGAGGAAGGAGUACAGCGCACGAUCGACGCGGUUUACGCAUUUGCCCAAGCGUUGGAUAAAAUAAGCAAAAGAAAAUGCAAAAACUUUCCAACUAUCUGCGACAAAUUGAAAGAAUCCUCGGGUGAAGAAGUGUUAAAUGCUUUAAAGACAAACGCAUUUCCAAGCAUCAAUGGUAGGGAUAUUAUCUUUAACAAAGAUGGAGAUGUUAGAGAUGCGAAAUAUUUUAUUUACUGCUAUGAUAAAAACGGAUCACGUGAUUACGCCAACAUGCUCAUAGGAAAAUGGGAGAAUAAUAUCCUGACCCUGAAGAAAAUAAUGGAAAACAUCUUUGGAAGAUUGAAAAAGUCCUCUUGUGGCAAAAAUGCAAAGGAAGAGGUUCAAAUAAGAAUUGAGGGAAAGCCUUCUUGUUGUUGGUGUACAGUAUGCACUGGAAAUAAAUAUGCCUUCAACAAAACCUUUUGCAAAUCAUGCGCACGCGGCUUUUGGCCAGACAGCAAAAGACAGCGAUGCAUCAGCUUGCCUUCACGUCACUUCACAUUAAAUAUAGAUUUCGUCGAAUUAUACUUGGUGCUUCCUCCUCUAGUUGUUUCCACUCUGGGUUUCUUGUCCGUUUUAGGCAUUAUUGUGGUUUUUGUUAAACACAAUCAGACACCAUUGGUGAAAGCAUCGGGUCGAGAGUUAUCAUAUCUAUUACUGACGGGACUAUUCUUCUGCUAUGCAAUACUGGUGGUUAACCUCAUGAAACCAUCACCUUAUGUGUGUGUGGUGGAAUUCAUUCUUGACAGCUUACCGUUUACCAUAUGUUACGCUGCGGUUAUUGUGAAAACAAACCGAAUAUCGAAUUUUAACCGCCGCAAUCUGACCAAGCGUCCACUAUUUAUUCAUCCGCAAUCUCAAAUAUGUUUCUCGUUCGCUCUCGUAGCCGUUCAAAUCAUGCUUCUAUCCGCGUUCUUCUUGUUGCGUUUACCAAAGGAAAAGACACUUUAUCUUUCAGACUCUGAUCUUGUGCUGAUGUGCGACAUCUCUGACAAGGAUUUUCUGCUUUCGCAAAUCUACAACUUCGUCUUGAUAAUUGUGUGCACAUAUUACGCGUUCAAAACACGCAGGAGUCCAAUGAACUUCAACGAGGCAAAGUACAUAGCGUUUGCCAUGUACUGCACAUGCGUGCUAUGGCUUGCAUUCAUCACUGUGUAUUUGGUACAGACGGACGUCAUGCUUAAGUCUUGCAUAAGAUGUCUCAGUAUAUCCCUCAUUGCCACCAUACUUCUGGCGUGUCUGUUUGUUCCUAAGGUGUACAUCAUUAUAUUUAAACCGUCGGAAAACAGGAAACGACCCACGCUGCCAAGUCAUAGCAUCUCAAGUCUCAAUUGUGAUCAAACAGCAGUAUCCAGAGCGCAUGCGCAACAGGCAGCCGAUACUGGUGGUAUAAGUCUGUUGGAAAAGUCUCCAGAAAAUGGUACAUUUCCGAGAAGACCAAACAGAAAAAAGAGAGACCCAGACAAAAUAACGUGGAGAUACUCGUUGCCGUUAGAUCAAUAUUCUCAGUCGAACGAACCAAGAAAGAUCGACAGAGAAAAGGAGUUGGAAUUAGACAUGAAAGCAUUGAUUGAAAGGUUGGCCAUUCUAGAAUCUUUACUCCAUCAUCAGCGUCAGACGACCAGGACAUAUCAAGCUCAAGAAGUCGAAGACGCUGGAAAAACUUGCGAAAGUCCAAGUGCUUGUUUGCCAACAGAGGACCGUGCUCUCGAUGAAUGCACACAUACCCAACAGUCAUCUAAUACGGGAAAAAUGGAUAACAGAAGUCUGCUGAUGACGUAUGCACAGACGACGAAUGCUGAGCAAAACCCACGUGAUUCGUCUUCAACGUACGUCACGCGUAGUGGAAAACAUUGAUCGUACCACAUAGAAAAGAGUUAUACAGUAAGAAAGACACGUCCGAGAAUGACAAAGUUGGACUACUGCAAUAUUCAAUAUCUCCGGUCAAUCGAAAAUCGGCUUCAAAAGCGUAAAAUAGAACUAGUGAAACGUCAAUUCGAGGAACGUCAUUUUAUUAAAUGGCUAUCAAAUUGCGCAUCACGCUUACAGAUAAUCUGUGCACUGAAAGCUGUGCUUUUUCGCCAAAAUUCAUUAUCAUAAUAGGGAAAAAAGUCAAAUUUAACAAAAUUCAUAUACAAUACUAUAAACUUUAUUUAAACUGAACAAAUAUCAAAUUGAAAUUAAUCGUGUACCAUGAAAAAAACGCGUCUUAAGUGAGUUAGAAUAGUAUCAAGUGAUGUCAAAUAUAAAUAAUUCAUAUAAUAAGGAAAUUGUUAAUAUGGUACUUGUUAAGCCCGGUAUAUGUAUGUUCUGUAUUUCAAUCAUUUUAUUUCUGGUGAUCUUCAUCAUUCAA